CCAAGACAAUCCCUUUCUUCUCCCCUUUCUCCAACACCUACCAAAAGCCUCUCUCUCUCUCUCUCUACACUAAUCUCUCUUUAUCUCUCUCUCUCUCUCUCUAGUUCUUGAUUUAUUCCAAGAUUUCAAGAAACACAUGGCUGACCAAAGUGGUGGGCUGGUUAUGAUGAGAGAGUACAGAAAAGGGAAUUGGACAUUGAAUGAGACGAUGGUGCUCAUUGAAGCCAAGAAGAUGGAUGAUGAGAGGAGGAUGCGGCGGUCCAUCGGCCUUCCACCGCCGGAGAUGCAGCAAGAUAGCCGGAGCAGUAGUAAUAAACCGGCGGAGCUACGGUGGAAAUGGAUAGAAGAUUACUGUUGGAGAAAAGGUUGUAUGAGGAGUCAGAAUCAGUGCAAUGACAAGUGGGACAAUCUCAUGAGAGAUUACAAAAAGGUCAGAGAGUACGAGAGACGGAGGGUAGAAUCGUCUUUUGCUUCUUCAUCUUCUUCAUCUUCAGCUGCAGAAACCGGUUCGUAUUGGAGUAUGGAGAAGAGCGAGAGGAAAGAGAGGAACUUGCCGAGUAAUAUGUUGCCUCAGACAUACCAAGCGUUGUACGAAGUGGUGGAGAGUAAAACGCUCCCUUCCUCAACCGCUGCAACCGCUGUAACCGCUGCAGUCGCCGCUGCCGCUGCCGCCAUUGGAAGUGGAAACGGUUCGAGCGGUGGACUAGAAAUCCAAAAAGCGAUACAACAACAACAACAACAAGGUUUAGGAUCUGUUGUUCCGAAACAUCAAAUGACGAUUCAGCCUCCUCCUGUUAUAUUACCUCUUCAGCCGCCACCGUCUCAACCGCCGCAGCCGCUACCACGACCGCUUCUUCUGCCACCGCCUCCACCGCCUUCUUUUCAUGCUCAGCCAAUACUGCCCACAGUAGAAGGAUAGUAGCUCAGAUUCUGAUACGAGUGAGUAUUCAGACACAUCUCCGGCGAAGCGAAGGAGAACAAUUCCGACCGAACCCGCAGGUCCAAGCGGCGGCGGUGGCGUAAACGCCGAAUCGGAAGAAGCAGUGGCGGCUGCGUUAUCAAGAAGUGCGUCUGUGAUCGCAAACGCGAUUAAG